CUUCCUCUUAGUAAGUGAGGAAGUUUCAGGCAGUUAAUCCGACGCCUCAUUCGUUCUUUCACUGAGCUGUCAACAUUUAAUUGUGAGGCGACUACAUUCGAUAUAAAAUAUAUAUAGCCAGCUAUACUUCUCUGCAACAACGUUUUUCUUUUUGAAAACAGCUGCUCUCGUCUUACUAUGACUCUCAGGUGAUCGUCAAAGAGUCCAGGUGGUUCUGCUGUGCUCUGUGGCCUUGGUGACUUAUCUGCAGAAUGGAGAAGGAAGAACUGAAGAUCGUGAAUAAGGAUGAGGAGGAUGAGAUGGAGCUCCAGGGGUACCGUGUGUGUCGGUGGCGUGUGGCAGUGGUGAGCCUGGGGGUGCUGUGUACAGGGGGUUUCCUCCUGCUGCUGCUCUACUGGAUGCCAGAAUGGUGUGUGAAGGCUACCUGCACCCGGACCACCGUCAGAGAGGCCGAAGUGGUGUUGCUCCAAUCAACCGAUGACUUUAAGCGCUGGUUCCUGGCCAAGGUGCGUGUGAUGCUGGCCCCUGGAAGAAACCCCUUUGACAGCCUGGAGACCCAGACCACUCCCCCCAUGACCAAUGGACACUCCCCCCACCCCUCAGACGGCUUCACCCAGGAGUUAAUCAGGAAGUACGCAGAGUACCAACCCACUCAGAUUCGCUAUUUUACACUCCAUAGCACAAAGUACUACUGGAACGACGAGGUCCACAAUUUUGAAGUAUUAACGGGCCUGGAGGACCGGGAGGUGACCUGUUCCACCGUCCACUCAGAGCACAGCACGGGGCUCACCAGCAACCAGCAGGAGUACAGGAGACUGUUUUUCGGAGUGAAUGAAAUUGCAGUGAAAGUGCCUUCAGUUUUCAAGCUUCUAAUCAAAGAGGUCCUCAACCCUUUCUACAUCUUCCAGCUCUUCAGUGUGAUCCUGUGGAGCGCUGAUGAGUACUACUACUAUGCCGCAGCCAUCGUCUUUAUGUCGGUCAUUUCCAUAGCUACCUCGCUGUACACCAUCAAAAAGCAAUAUGUCACGCUUCAUGACAUGGUGUCAGCACACAGUAUUGUCCGAGUUUCAGUCUGCAGAGCCAGCAACGACAUCGAGGAGGCCCUGUCCACUGACCUGGUGCCCGGCGACGUCAUGGUCAUCCCUAGCAAUGGGACCAUUAUGCCCUGCGACGCGGUGCUGAUCAGCGGCACCUGCAUCGUCAACGAGAGCAUGCUGACAGGCGAGAGUGUGCCAGUCACCAAGACCAACCUCCCCAACCCGGGCGAAGGGGACAAGGAGGGUGACGCAGCUUACAGCAUGGAGGAGCACAAGAGACACACCCUCUUCUGUGGCACGCACGUCAUACAGACCCGCUUCUACUCAGGGGAGCUGGUCAAGGCAGUGGUGGUCCGCACAGGUUUCAGCACAGCUAAGGGCCAGCUGGUGCGCUCCAUUCUGUACCCCAAGCCCACCGACUUCAAGCUGUACCGCGACGCCUACCUCUUCCUGCUGUGCCUGGUGGCUAUAGCUGGCAUCGGCUUUGUCUACUCCAUCGUCCUCAGCAUCAUGAACAAUGUGCCAGCCAAGACCAUCAUCAUUGAGUCCCUAGACAUCAUCACCAUCACUGUGCCCCCCGCGCUGCCCGCUGCCAUGACGGCAGGCAUCGUGUACGCCCAGCGCCGCCUCAAACGCAUCGGCAUCUUCUGCAUCAGCCCCCAGAGGAUCAACAUCUGUGGCCAGCUCAACCUGGUCUGCUUCGACAAGACAGGUACACUCACAGAGGAUGGAUUAGACCUGUGGGGAGUCCAGAGAGUGGAGAAGGGGACUUUCCACCUGUCAGAGGAGAAUGCCUACAAGGACACUCUGGUUAAGUCCCAGUUUGUAGCCUGCAUGGCCACCUGCCACUCUCUUACCAAUAUCGAUGGCAAGCUGUCCGGAGACCCUCUGGAUCUGAAGAUGUUCGAGGCCACAGGCUGGAUCCUGGAGGAGGCCACUGAGGAGGAGACCUCCCUCCACAACCGUAUCAUGCCCACCGUGGUGCGGCCCCCCAAGCAACUGAUGCCCCCCGAGCCCGUCAUGUCACCUGAACAGGACAUGGAGCUGUAUGACUUGGCGUCGGCCUAUGAGAUUGGUAUCGUGCGUCAGUUCCCCUUCUCCUCGGCGCUGCAGAGGAUGUGUGUGGUGGCCCGUCUGCUGGGGGAGAAGCGCAUGGAUGCCUACCUCAAGGGGGCGCCAGAGGUGGUGGCCAGCCUCUGCAAGAAAGACACUGUUCCAGAAGACUUUGCAGAGGUUCUGGAGGACUACACCAAGCAGGGCUUCCGGGUCAUCGCCCUGGCCCACCGCCGCCUCGAGUCCAAACUCACCUGGCACAAAGUACAGAAUGUCAACAGGGAUCAGAUGGAGGCCAACAUGGAGUUCCUGGGGCUGAUCAUCAUGCAGAACAAGCUGAAGGCUGAGACCUCCGGGGUACUGCAGGACCUCCGCAGGGCACACAUCCGCACUGUCAUGGUCACUGGUGACAACAUGUUAACGGCCAUCUCGGUGGCUAGGGACUGUGGCAUGAUUCCCCCUCAGGACCAGGUCAUCAUCGCCGACGCGCUGCCCCCUAAAGAUGGCCAGGCGGCCAAGAUCACUUGGCGCUACGCAGAUAACCCCAGCAAACAUGUGGGCAAAGCACCACGCCUGGAGGAAGUACAGAUCAAUCUAGAGGAUGUGCAUCACACUCAAAAGCCUCAGGACCAGUACCACUUUGCUAUGAGUGGCAAGUCCUUUGCUGUCAUCACCGAGCACUUUCAGGACCUGCUGCAAAAGUUGGUGCUGCAUGGCACCGUGUUUGCCAGAAUGGCCCCCGACCAGAAGACCGAGCUCAUUGAGGCACUGCAGAGUGUGGAUUAUUUUGUGGGCAUGUGUGGAGACGGCGCAAACGAUUGUGGUGCUUUGAAGAGGGCUCACGGUGGGAUCUCUCUCUCUGAGCUGGAGGCCUCUGUAGCCUCUCCCUUCACUUCCAGGACACCCAACAUCUCCUGUGUGCCUAGCCUCAUCAGAGAAGGGCGAGCGGCUCUCAUCACCUCCUUCUGUGUAUUCAAGUUCAUGGCCCUCUACAGCAUCAUCCAGUACAUCAGUGUCACCCUGCUCUACUCUAUCCUCAGUAACCUGGGAGACUUCCAGUUCCUCUUCAUCGACAUCGCAAUCAUCCUCCUCGUAGUCUUCACCAUGUCUCUGAACCCAGCGUGGAAGGAGCUGGUGUCGAGGCGUCCCCCCUCAGGUCUGAUCUCAGGCCCUCUGCUGUUUUCCGUGCUGACUCAGAUCCUCAUCUGUCUGGGCUUCCAGACCAUUGCCUUCCUCUGGGUCCGACACCAGGCCUGGUACCACAUCUGGACGCCACAGUCCGAUGCCUGCAACUCGUCCCUCCGUGCCAACUUGGGGCCAGAACACAACUCCUCAGAGGAGAGGGACGACCACAACAUCAAGAACUACGAGAACACCUCCCUGUUCUACGUCUCCUCCUUCCAGUACCUCAUCGUGGCCAUCGUCUUCUCCAAGGGGAAGCCCUUCAGACAGCCCAGCUACAAAAACUGGCCUUUUGUGGUGUCAUGUAUUGGCCUGUACAUAUUUAUGUUCUUCAUCAUGUUUUACCCUGUGUCUGCUAUCGAUGAAUUCCUAGAGAUUGUGUGUGUUCCGUUUGAAUGGAGAAUCACUCUGUUCUUCAUCAUCAUAGUCAAUGCAGCCGUGUCUGUAUUGGUGGAGACCCUCGUCCUUGACGUCGUCUUAUGGAAGCUUGUCUUCAGCCGAGACAAGCAGGGCGGCUAUGGCACCACCCAUGCCGCUCCAACAACACAGGGGGGCAUCGACCUCUGGGGAGCCAAGUGUCUGUCGUGGCUGUGCUGCCGCCGGAGGAAGGUACCCAAGGCGCGCUACAUGCACCUGGCCCAGGAGCUUAGCGUGGACCCCGACUGGCCCCCCAAACCCACCACCACCACCGAGGCCAAGCACCCACUGCCCGGCAACCCCCCUGAAAAUGGCUCCUCCUACCAGAUAAUGGCCGACUCCUAGCACCCCCCCGCCCCACUCUUGGCUAAAGCAAAAACACACACUCCCAACCAAAAGGACAAAAAGAAACAGUGGUCUAUGGAAAGAACAAGGCGAAAGAUGGGGUGAUGGUAGAAAAGGAUUUUGGGGUGAAGUAAUGGUAGUGUGGAUCUCUCCAUGCUCUUUGCUGCUCAGAUCCAGCACACUGUUCAGACCCUGGCUGGUCUACGUAACCCUCACCAACCAAACCCCUCAACCUGCCACCACCCCCUGGUAUACAAUGGUUUGUCUACUACACAAAUACACCCCCAGUAUGGUCUACUCUAUAUCCACCCCGCCUUCAGCUGGUCUACCUGCAGUCCAAGAGUCCAUGUUGUCCACAGGCUGGGUCCUGUGGCAGAGUCAGACCCCUGUGUCAUUAUUAUGAGUUUAAUCAUUGCCUCACUGCUUUUUAACCCUUGCAGAACUAUGCAGCGAACUGACGAAACUCCAAUCGUAGUCUUAAAACGGUAAUGAUUUUUACAAUUGUAAUUGGUAUUGCCGUGAUUCCUCCAUGAGCUCCAGACCUUCUCGCAUUUUUGCUUUUGUUUGUAAGCAGCCACCAGCCAUCUCCACUAACAUGGUUAUCAUACAGGGGACUUGAAGCAUGGAUGUGCAUGAACCCAGCUCCGUUUAGCCAUUGUUAUAUGGUGGUUGGAAUACUACUGCUUACCCAACAGUACUGUAGUAUUAAUAUUGCUGAACAGGGACCAGAACCUUUUUGUAUUAUGAAACUAGGCAUAACAAGAGGCAGUAUGCAAACAGCUUGGAAUCACAGGUAGCAGCAACCCACCCCCCUGCAUGUAGAAACCAUCUAAAGGCAAAUAGACUUGCAAAAUCAUGUCAAACUGGCCUCGCAUGGGCUAGCGUUGCUCCACAUGGAGAAGGUCUGUCUUUAAAAAAGAAAAAAAAUGAUAUGAUAAUGGUGAAAGGCGAGGCAUUGUGAAAUUCAUUACCUAGCCGUAUGCGUGCGCUCUCUCCAUACAACCAUGCAACUGGCAAGAUACUGUACUACCAAUGUAUACUCUACUAAAGCCAUGGUAGCAUGAAUGUAUUGUAUUAGCAUUGCUCACUGCACAGUCAAAAGAGAAAUCAAAGGGCUUAAAACUCAUUGUCCAUCAGAGGAGGCUGCUGUGUAGAGAUAUAGGAUGACGUGCUCAUUGUAAUGGCUGGAAUGGAUGAAUUAAUUUCAUUCCAACCAUUACAAGUCCGUCCUCCUAUAUCUCCGCCCACUAGCCACCAUUGUUGUCCAAAUUCUCAAAGAUACAAUACACACUCUGUCACUGUAUAUAUUUUCUCAACAGUUUAUUUCAUAACAGAAAAUGUACAUUGUGCAUUGCUGUCCAGCCUCAUGAUGUGUUGUACAUGUCAUAUUUUCUGCCAGUCAGUCAUAAGCCAGUCUUUCUCCUCAUAGUAGCAGGUCGUCACAUAUCGUCAGAGAUCCUAGUUUGUGUUCAUCUGAUGUAAAUAUUUUAUUUGAUGACAUUCCAAAUGUGUGUCAGAAUUGCCGGAAACACAAUACUGAGAGGUAUCGCUAAGAAUGCAAGUUCAAAUCUUUAAAUAUGAUGUAUUUACUUGGUGUUAAAGGUCCAAUGCAGCUGUUUUUAUCUCAAUAUCAAAUCAUUUCUGGGUAACAAUUAAGUACCUGACUAACCAGGUUUACAUCCAACCUUUUUAUGCAAGUAAAGUACAUGUCGGAUAAAAAAUGUCAUGACAGGCCUGAUGGAAACCAUUUUUUCCGGGAAACUUUCCAAAUGUCGACAAAAUAAAAUCCGCUAGACAAGGUGGGAUCAGUAAAAAUUAUUAUGCGGGGGAAAUAGUAAUGCUUUUAUGAUAUAGUAACCAUCAUAUCGAUGUGAACUUGGAGUCACGCGAUGACGUGUAGUCCUCCCACUAAUACUCAUCAGGAAAGCAUGCAGUUUGUUACAGAUCUAAAUAAUUGAUGAUGAACUUCAAAGGGUGGUGAAAGUACAAGUAGAUGCGCUUAAUUCUUUCCAGUAAAUAUCGAGGGGCUUAUUUUGGUGACAUAAUUCAUCCUUGGCUGCAGUUUGACAAAUAAAAAUAGUCUUGCUCCUUUGUCCAUAAUAAUAAUCUCAUUUAGGCUAUAUGUGAGCUCUAAGCAAAAAUGGCUUCUUAGCAAAUAGCAAUUUUGCUGGGAGUGUUCCGAGUGGAGCAGGGAAAACUGAGAAUGAGCUAUUAUUUAUUGGCAGAGGUUUUGACCUCUUUCUUUUUGGUCUAUUAACUAAUUUACCACCUGGUGGAGUCACCAGGCAGGCCAAAACUCCACCCCAACAGCUCUUAUACUAAGUGGUUAUCAUUUUUACAAGUUCACAGUAUUAUCCCAAGCUCAGUGUGAAAAUAUAAAACAGAGAAAAAUCACGUUUUUGACUUCACUGGGCCAUUAAGGCAAAGUGUUAACUCAUUUUAUUUUUCAGAUUCACAUUUCAAUUUCAGGAAUGACAGCAACAGAUGUCCUAGUUAUACAUUAUUUGCAUGAUCAAAUCUUCCAGAUCUCUACUAGACAUACUACCGUUCCAAGGUGUGGGGUCACUUAGAAAUGUCCUUGUUUUUGAAAGAAAAACACUUUUUUUGUCCAUUAAAAUAACAUACAAUUGAUCAGAAAUACAGGGUAGACAUAGUUAAUGUUGUAAAUGACUAUUGUUGCUGCAAACAGCGGAUUCUUUUCAAAUGGAAUAUCUACAGAGGCCCAUUUUCAGCAACCAUCACUCCUGUGUUCCAAUGGCACAUUUUUAGCUAAUUAAAGUUAUUUUAGAAGGAUAAUUGAUCAUUAAACCCUUUUGCAAUUAUGUUAGCACAGUUGAAGACUUGUGCUGAUUUUAAAGAAGCUUUUAAACUGGCCUUCUUUAGACUAGUUGAGUAUCUGGAGCAUCAGCAUUUGUGGGUUCGAUUACAGGCUCAAAAUGGCCAGAAACAAAUAAGUUUCUUCUAAAACUCGUCAGUCUAUUCCAUGCUAGAAAUUGCCAAGAAGAUCCCGCACAACGUUGUGUACUACACCCUUCACAGAACAGCACAAACUUUCUCUAACCAGAAUAGAAAGAGUGGGAGGCCCCGGUACACAACUGAGCAAGUGGACAAGUACAUUAGUGUCUAGUU